AUGCUUGACUCAGGUGGCAAUUCAGGUGAUCUCCUGAAACGUCAGUUUUUGAAACCCUUCCCAGAUAAAGCUCAACAGAUUCACACCCUAGACGAUAAGUAUAAGCGAAAGCCAGUUCUAAUCUUCCAACCGAAUAACCUUGUACGCUACGUUCGCGCCGAAUUCAGUGCGGUCUUUCUCAAACUCCAGGUUUCUUUAUCCACCGUACCCGGUGAUUUGGCCAUUAAUCUCCGUGGCAUAAAAAAACAGACCACAGUGUCAGCUAACCAACCACUUCUCAUCGCUGAGGCGCUGGUUAACAGUCAAGAAGCACACUAUGCUUCGUCGCUUACAUCAGAUCCGAAUACCAUCGAUAGCAAUGGACAUCGGUCUGCUUCUGGGUCUCCUAUGGAAACGUCUUCGACCGUGAUUUCCACAGUCUCCGGUGAAUUGACCACAAAUGAGCCGCCCUUUGAAGCUAAUGAGCAUUCUUCCCCUAUGCAUUGUUCCUCAUCUCAUCAACGUUUUACCCUAAGUCCAAAUUCCGCUACAACUACCUCCGUACGAACAUUGAGUCCUAAUCCAUCCAACAGUCCCUGUACCGUCACUCGCUCAUCGAGCCCCGAACACGACAGUCAAUUGCCUACACAUGGUCGCCGUGCUCCGACAGGACAGUGUAACCAGGGGCUAUUGUAUAGCUUAUUGGUGAGCAACGAAACUGGUGCAAGUCAACCCCACUCUCCGUUGCAGUGUGCAUCUUCUCUGUUCACCUCAAUGCUCAAGCCCCCAUUGCUUCGCUCAAAACAUAACUCCGAAGGUGAUGAAAUGCGGAAAGACAACAGCAAUGGUGUUUUUCAAGAUGACUCCGAUGGAAAGGUCACGAUGAAUGGCCCGUCGCUUUCUUCGUCGGUCAAAUGCAAGUCCCACACAUUGAACAUCCUAGGCAAAGGAGGUGCAAAGCUAACGGCACUGCAUGGGAGUUUUCGUAACCGUGCAAGUUCGGUCGGGUCUAAAGUUUCUGCAGGUCGGCCACACCUGCGUACUUAUGCAGCUGCUUCAGACAGCUGUCUAGGGACAAAAGCCAGACUGCAACAUCGCCGUCAUUCGGAACUGACUAGCCAUGAUAUGCCCAAUUUCUCUGCCCAACCCCAUUCCAUCCCUGGUUACGAGGAGACUCAGACGACCGGCUCAGCUGAGAACAAUUUGGUCGUCGGUCUGCUGGGAUCACAUCUUUCCAGUCCCCAAUCAUCCAGUCACCCCAGUCCAAGGGUCGCUAAUUCAAGCCAUACGAUUCCAGCUAGGUCGACGGGGAAAUCCUACGAAGCGUUGAGUAACUCGAGCUCUUUCCAGACUGAGCCUCAUCGCUCUCUGUCUGCAGAUUCCGGUGUUGAUGAACCUAUCGACCUAACCGGGAUAUGUACUCCCCCUGCCCCCGGUGCUUCUGAUGAACAGCAAGUAAGCCCUGAAAAUGGGAAGCCGGUCGCCGAGUUCGAAUCCACUUUUGUGCAACUGGCGAAGAAAACCGCUCGUCCUGUCCAAUCUCGAAUAACAGAGUGGCUCCGACAGCUAGUUGAGUUUGUUGCCCUAUCCGCUCCAGUUUUGGGUUCAGUGUGCGUCAGUCCAUCACUAAAUCUACGAAAUGAUACCAAUGGUCAUGGUCUGUGCUCAGAUAUGUUAUCCUGGGUAUCUCUUUUAUCCUCUUGUUGGCAUCGGCUGCUGGUGCUCAAUAUGGUGGAACAUGCAUUGGACCUGGUUGUCGUCGAGGAUCGGUCACCCCAGCUUGAAGCCGUUUCGAUAACCACAGGCUUGGACCAGUUAGGACUACCAUGGAUAUUACUAGCAGACGUUCAAAACAACGGUCUUGUUGCCGCAUUGGAGCCUGGAAGGAGACCAGACAGAGACUUCACAGAUCGUUUGAUGCAUUUAAUGUCCGAACUUCGUCAGGCCGCCCUCAGUGCACAGGAGUUUUAUUUACUGCGCCACGCCGUCCUCCUAACCGGUAUGUUCUACUAA